AUGUCCGAAUUCAUCAAUCAGAUGAUAAAGGACGUCUGGGGUCCCCCACGAGGGACCAAACUUGAACCUGGAGGGAGAAAGAACCCCAACAAUCACCAGCACUACCGGAAAUGGGGCUUUACCAUCUACCGAACCUACUAUAGCAAGGAAUCCGAUGAGCAUUGGCAAUCACUUCUCUACUCUUUGCGGCAUCAGACCAAACUUGCGUUUAAUGCCUACGAAGACGACGAGGAAAUAGACGAAGAUGAUAGACGAAAGCUCCAGGAGUUAUUCCAUCUUGAUUCCCGAGACGAUCCCUCAGUACUAGAUGGACUCGAUGUCCGUGGCCUCCGUGCUUUCUGCAAUGCCGAAUUGUUCAAGGAGACUAAAGUCAUAGAGAGAGGCACUAUAAAGCUCCGCGUAAGGACAAGGCCUAGCGAGGGUCAAGGCAUGGCAGACUACGUCUUCGACUUCGUUUUACUUGCUGACGAAGCGGUCUUGAAGGAUAUAGAAAGAGGUGAAUUUAUUGUCAAGGCAGUAUCGUUAUUGUGGGAUAACGACUUGGGAUGGGGAUGGAUGCGAAUCCCAACAGGUUAUCUGUUAGAUUUGUGGAUAUUCCUUAUGUUACAUGAUGACCGGACUGAGUACUGUCUAUACAUCCGUGGUCCGGAAAAAGAUCUCGAGGAUCAUAUCUGGUUUGCAGCUACGGGACUUGACCACACUGGAGGAUGUUCGGAGAUUCGUCAUUGGCGGCACUAUAGUACCCAGAAGGAAGAUGCACACGGGCAAUAUCCGCCGGAUGAAUUUGAUGCAUUGAUAGAAGAGGCCGAAAUGCUUUCCUCAUCAACACAGUAA